AUGUUUCUAUUCACACCGUCAUUUUCCAACCUCACCUUCGGUGCAGAGAGCAUUACCGUCGUCAUAUCCGUCAUUCCGAACGUCCGCAUCCCUCAAGGCCGUCGAUUCUACGCGAUCGUCGUCACAAGGAGGAGAAUCCGAUGGCGGAAUCGGUACUUCCGAAUCUUCUUCGGUGUCGACGACGUGACUUUCAUUAAGGCCCUCGACGACGACAUCUCAGUUCUCCUCAUAUCGCCUACGAUCUACCUGUCCGUUGUGCUCGGGAUGCUCAUUCGGUGCGUGCACGAGGCUUGUGGCAAUCGUGAAGUCAUUGACAGAAAGACGAUCUCCACGAGCGGUCAUUCAUACGAGACUGCCCAGGCGUUCCCAGGUCGCUACUUGGUCGCAUCGCCGAGAGGCUUGGUGCAACAGGCCACCCGUCUUGAGAUGCGCAACUUCACGAUCAUGAACUGCCUGAGCCGCCUCGUGCGCCAUCGCGCGUUAUCCUCGUUGCUAACUGGGUCUGGGAAUCCUUCGCCAUCGUAGGGCAUAUUGAGAAUAGCUACUUCAACCUGUUGGCCAGUAGAGGGCCGCCAUUGCUUAAAGUAGGCACUGUCUUCUAAAUUC